CAUAGGCCAUUUUUCUAACAAUAAAAAUCGAUUUUCAAAUUCUGUCUGCUCUUGCUGUUCUCGAUCACUUUCGCAAUAACUUGAGUUUCUUCACAAGUUUUACUCUAAACGAAAUCAUCAAGAAAUUUGACAGGAUACACUUCCGACCUCAAUUAAAAAUCAUUUUUUCAUAGAAUGCUAGUUUUUAACCUAGUCUAGAACCGGAACUCGGUAGGAGGCAGAGACUGGUCGGCUAGCGUCGGUUUACCAAGGCUACCAGUGACGCUGAGCCGUGUGUGAUCGUAAUGGCCAUCUCCACGGAUUUGAAUCACAGAAUGGGCGCAUCGGUCCCACUCAUGAAGUUUGGUGUUGUGCUUUUUACUUUUCUCGCCGGAUCACUUGUCUCCCUUCCGUUUACAGCAGGGCAAUCCUGCAGUGCCGGUGGACUUUUCAGUGAGACAGAGUGUGCUGAUGGAAGCUGUAUAUUUUCUAAUUUUGUCUGUGACACAGUCGUAGACUGCUCUGAUGGUUCUGAUGAGACUCCUGCUACUUGUAAUGAUACAGUUUCUGCCUGUGACAGUGACCCAUGCUUGAAUGGAGGAACGUGUAUAGCGAUGGAUAGAACCAGCACCAAAGUGGCAUACUAUGACUGUAUUUGUCCCCCAAACACACUUGGUGACCAAUGUCAGACUGUUGUCACCACUCAGCCACCAUCAGCGUCUACCACACAAGCCACAACAAUGCAGACAGAUGGGAUUUCUUCUACAAUUCUUCCACAAACAACCAUAUCUACCAUGCAAGCAACAACAGCAGCAGUAACAACAAGCCCAUCUACCACAGUUGAGUCAACAGUGGCUACUACUGAAAGUAUUACUGCUACCACACCAUCGCUAUCUACAAGUUUUUCAUCAACAACAUCUACAACAUCCACUACACAGAAUACACCAACAACAAUCUUGCCCGAAGACACAACACAGGCUUCCACUUCUACCAUGCAACCACCAACUUCUGCCGGAACCACAGUGCAGGUAACAUCAGUGGAUCCAUCUACCACAAUGUUGUCUACAACACCAGGAGGCACUGCAACAUGUGAUCAGCUUGGAUGUCAGAAUGGAGCAACAUGUAUGCAAAUUGGUGCCAUAGCAGUAUGCAUCUGUUCUGCUGGAUUUGAAGGUCAACGUUGUGAGACUGAUAUUGAUGAGUGUGCUAGUGAUCCAUGUGAGAACGGGUCUGAAUGUCAAGACAACAUUAAUUCGUUCACAUGUGUCUGUUCUCCUGGUUUCUUUGGUACAUCCUGUUCCUUUGAGAUCAAUGAAUGUGAUUCUGAUCCAUGUAUGAACGGAGCUACGUGUGUAGAUGGCAUUGCUUCCUAUCAAUGUAGCUGUGUCAGUGGUUAUGCUGGACAGGAUUGCCAGACUGAAAUCAAUGAGUGUGAUAGCAUGCCCUGUCAAAAUGGAGGAGAAUGCGAAGAUGAGAUGAAUGGAUACACCUGUCGUUGUAUCGAUGGAUUCAGCGGCGUCAACUGUGCAGUAGAUGGCAAUCAAUGUACCAGUAAUCCUUGUGUGAAUGGGGCUACAUGUGUGGAUCUGAUCAGAGCUUAUCAGUGUGUCUGUCUCACCGGGACUAGAGGAUUAAACUGUGAGAUCGAUGAAUUUGAUGAGUGCAUCAGUGAUCCAUGUCUGAAUCAAGCAACCUGCAUCAAUGGCAUCAACGAAUACAGAUGUACUUGUAGCGAAGGCUGGUUUGGAGUGAACUGUGAAUCUGAUGGUGAUCAAUGUGAUUCUGAUCCUUGUCUUAAUGAAGCUACUUGCCUGGAUGGCAUCAUGUCUUAUACCUGCCAAUGUCUACCUGGAUUUACAGGUUCAAACUGUGAACAGAACAUCAACGAGUGCUCCAGUACACCAUGCAGUGCUGGCUCAACUUGCAUGGAUCGAGUCAAUGGAUUCCAAUGUAUAUGCCCUCCAGGAUUUACUGGUGCAACCUGUGAUAUGAACAUUGAUGAAUGUACUAGCAUUCCAUGUGUGAACGGUGCUACCUGUCAGGAUGCAAUAGAUGGCUAUACAUGUACCUGUCUAUCAGGUUACACUAAUACAAACUGUCAGGAUGAGAUUAAUGAGUGUCUCUCACAACCUUGUAGCACUGAUUCAUCUUGUAGAAACAUUGUCAAUGGCUUUGUCUGUGAUUGUUUUCCUGGUUUUACCGGUCAGCUCUGUGAAACGAACAUCGACGAGUGCUCGAGUGACCCCUGCAUCAAUGGUGCAACUUGCAUGGAUGGUGUGAAUGGUUAUGUCUGCCGGUGUGCAUCUGGUUACGAAGGAGAGAGAUGCCAGACAGAGAUAGAUGAAUGUCAGAGCAACCCUUGCCUGAAUGAGGCUGUCUGCAGAGAUGAGUUCAACGGUUACAUCUGUGAAUGUGUAGAAGGAUACACAGGGAUCGACUGUGAGACAGAUAUUGAUGAUUGUAUCAAUAGCAAUUGCCAGAAUGGAGCGACUUGCAUUGACCAGAUCAAUGGGUUUAGAUGUGACUGUGCACCAGGAUUUCAAGGGGAUAGAUGUGAACAGAACAUUCAGGAAUGUCUUAGCUUACCAUGUAGGAACGGAGCAGCCUGCCGAGAUGAAGUCAAUGGAUAUGUCUGUGAUUGCGUUCUUGGAUACACGGGCAGCCAUUGUGAGACCCAAAUCAACGAAUGUAACAGCACUCCAUGUGAAAACGGGGGCAUCUGUAAUGAUUUGAUCGGAGCCUUCAGCUGCACCUGUGGAGCUGGAUUCAUGGGGGAUAGAUGUGGGACAGAAGUACUGGAGUGUGCUAGUGGACCUUGCAUGAAUGGAGCAACAUGCAAUGAAGAAAUUGCACGAUACACUUGCACCUGUCCGAUAGGUUAUACUGGUGUUCACUGUGGAACUGAAAUCAACGAAUGUGCGAGCACGCCAUGCCAGAAUGGAGGCCAAUGCACUGAUCUGAUUGGUGGGUAUAACUGCUCCUGUCUUUUUGGCUUCUCCGGUAUCAACUGUGAGGUGAACAUUCAGGAGUGUGACAGCGAUCCCUGCCGGAAUGGAGCUACAUGUGAAGACCAAAUUGGUAGAUACAAUUGUCGAUGCCCUCAAGGAUUCCAGGGAAUAGAAUGUGAAAUGGAUAUUGAUGAAUGCAGCAGUGGACCAUGCCAAAACCAAGCUACCUGUGUGGAUUUGAUCAAUUCUUACAGAUGUGACUGUCUGCCAGGCUACUUAGGUGAUGAGUGUGAAACAAAUUUUGAUGAAUGUGACGUUGAUCCCUGUGAAAACGGAGCAACAUGUAUGGACUUUGUCAAUCUCUUUGUAUGUGUAUGUCUUCCAGGAUACACUGGUCUAACAUGUGCCACCGACAUCAAUGAAUGUGACAGUGACCCAUGUCAGAAUGGUGCUUCAUGCCGUGAUCUUAUCGCUGGAUAUACCUGUGAAUGCACGCCCGGUUUCCAGGGUACCAACUGUGAAGCUGACAUUGAGGAAUGUGCUAGUAAUCCUUGCCGAAAUGGUGCAACUUGUGAGGAAGGAAUCAACGGGUAUUCAUGUUCUUGCCUUGAAGGAUUCAACGGAACAUUUUGUGAGAUAAAUAUCGAUGAGUGCUCCAGUAACCCAUGCUCCAAUGAGGCUACCUGCAGUGAUCUAGUCAACUCUUAUCGUUGCCUCUGCCCUCCAGGUUUCCAAGGUUCUGAGUGUAGCAGUGAGAUCAUAGAGUGCUCCAGUGAUCCUUGUCAAAAUGGGGCUACUUGUCUUGAAGAGAUUGCAAGCUACAUCUGUGCGUGUGCUUCAGGGUACACAGGUGUACACUGCGAGUCAGAAAUCAACGAAUGUGCUUCAAGUCCAUGUGCUAAUGGAGGACAGUGUUCAGAUAUGAUAAAUCGGUUUGAAUGUGACUGUUUACCUGGUUUCCAGGGAGAGCGUUGUGAAACCAACAUUAAUGACUGUGCUAGUGCUCCCUGCCAGAAUGGAGCUGAGUGCCAAGACAUGAUCAAUCAAUACGCAUGCAUCUGCCUGGAUGGGUUUACAGGGACCAAUUGUGAAGAGGAUAUAGACGAAUGUGAAAGUAACCCUUGCAUAAAUGGUGCUUGUCUUGAUAGGAUUGGACAGUUCUCUUGUAACUGCACACUAGGCUAUCAAGGUCUUAUGUGUGAAACAGAAAUAGAUGAAUGUGCCUCCAGCCCAUGCAUCAGAGGUACAUGCAUGGAUUUCAUUGGUCGCUACGAAUGUCAAUGUGAAGCAGGAUACUCUGGAAGAAAUUGUGAUUUGGAGAUCAAUGAAUGUUCCAGCAGCCCCUGCUUGAACGAUGCCACGUGUCAAGACUUGGUCAACACAUACAACUGUCUGUGUGCACCAGGAUUCUUCGGGACUACCUGUGCCAAUGAGGUCAAUGAGUGUGGGAGUUCACCAUGUCAGAACGGAGCUACCUGUACGGAUAUGGUAGCUGGUUAUGUAUGUGACUGCCCAACUGGCUAUGAAGGUGCAAACUGUGAGCUUGACAGCGACGAGUGUGCAUCGGAUCCAUGUCUGAAUGGAGCUAACUGCCAAGACUACCUGAAUGGUUAUCAGUGCCAAUGUGCAGCAGGGUUUCAGGGUAUCAUCUGUGAAGACAACAUUGAUGAAUGCUUCAGCCAACCUUGUAGAAAUGGUGCCACCUGUGAGGAUGAGGUGAAUGGCUUUAGAUGUGUCUGUCCUGAGGGUUACACUGGAUCAGUCUGUGAUGAUGAUCUUGAUGAAUGCGCUAGUAAUCCAUGCCUCAAUGGAGCAGACUGUACUGACAUUAUUGCGGGAUACACCUGCCAAUGUGCUUCAGGGUUCUCUGGAAUACUGUGCGCUGAAAACAUUGAUGAAUGUGAUUCCAACCCCUGUCAGAAUGGAGCAGACUGCAUGGAUGGUAUAGCGGGUUACACAUGUAUGUGUUUACCUGGGUACGCUGGAACAUUCUGUGAGACUGAGAUCAAUGAAUGUGAAAGUAAUCCCUGUCUGAAUGGGGCAUUCUGUCAGGAGGGUCUCGCUGGCUAUGCCUGUCUGUGUACUGCAGGUUUCUUAGGGGAUCUCUGUGAAAUCGAUGUAGAUGAAUGUUUGUCUAGUCCAUGCCAGAACAACGCCACCUGCUUAGAUGCUGCUAAUGGAUACAUCUGCUCAUGUCUUCCGGGUUACCAAGGUGCACGAUGUGAACUUGACAUUGACGAGUGCCAGAGUGUUCCUUGUGAAAAUGGGGCCACCUGUGAAGAUGUCGUCAAUGGUUACCUGUGCAGCUGUGCUAGUGGUUUUGAUGGAACCAACUGUAGGAUUAACAUUGAUGAGUGCAGCAGCAAUCCCUGUCUAAAUGGGGCCCUUUGCAUAGAUGGAAAUAACAUGUUUUCGUGUAGCUGCAGCCCAGGUUACACAGGAGUCACUUGUGAUGCGGAAGCAGAUGAAUGCGAGAGCUCACCAUGUGUGAACGGAGCAAGCUGCGUGGAUCAAUUCAAUGGAUAUCAGUGUACAUGUGUUGAUGGGUAUGAAGGAGCAGAAUGCCAGACUGAUAUCCAAGAAUGCGAAAGCUCUCCUUGUAAGAAUGGAGCUACAUGUCUUGAUCUGAUCAACCGCUAUGAGUGUGAAUGUUCAACUGGAUAUGAAGGAGUCCAUUGUGAGACUGAUACAGAUGAAUGUUCUAGCAGCCCAUGUGUGAAUGGAGGAUCAUGCCUAGAUGAUGUUGGUGGUUACGUAUGUCAGUGUGUUUCAGGAUAUACUGAUACACGCUGUCAAUCAGAGAUCACAGAAUGUUCUAGCAAUCCCUGUCAGAAUGGAGGAAACUGUACUGAUCUCAUCAAUGGAUACAUGUGCGAAUGUCUACUAGGCUUCCAAGGUGUACACUGUGAGAUCAACGUAGACGAAUGUUCUUCGGAUCCAUGCCUGAACGGCGCUACAUGUGUGGAUGGUAUCAACGCAUACACAUGUGAUUGUAUGCUAGGGUACGAAGGCACACUCUGCCAGACUGAGAUAGAUGAAUGUAGCAGUAUACCCUGUCUCAAUGGAGGGUCUUGCACUGAUCUGAUCGCUGGUUACAACUGCUCAUGUAUGGCAGGAUUCCUAGGAGUUAACUGUGAGGUCAACAUUGAUGAGUGUGCCAGCAUGCCUUGCCUGAAUGGAGGUGGCUGUAUAGACUUGGUGGAUUCCUAUGAGUGUAAUUGUACCGGUGGUUUCUUUGGUGCACACUGUGAGUUAGAUGGUGAUCAGUGUGAAGGAUCUCCUUGUCUGAAUGGAGGAACCUGUCAAGAUCUGAUCCUGGACUACCAAUGUACCUGUCUGGAUGGACUAUCAGGGACUAACUGUGAAAUAGAUCUCAUUGAUGAGUGCCAGAGCUUACCAUGUCAGAAUGAAGGUGCUUGUGUGAACCUGGUAGGAGGGUAUAAUUGUGACUGCGUAGGACCAUGGUUUGGAGAUCAUUGUGAGUUAGAUGGAGAUCAGUGUUUGUCGUCACCAUGUCUGAACGGAGCAUCAUGUUUAGAUGGCAUCCUCACCUUCCUCUGCAGAUGUGUCGAUGGAUAUUCAGGUAUAUUUUGUGAGACAGAGAUUGAUGAAUGCGCUAGCCUGCCAUGUCAGAACGGAGCAACCUGUAAUGAUGUCAUCAAUGGAUAUACAUGUGACUGUGUACCAGGUUACACGGGAGUAACAUGUGAUGUAGACAUCAAUGAGUGUUCCAGCAUGCCGUGCCGUAACGGUGCACCAUGUCAAGACUUGAUCAACAGCUACACCUGUGACUGUCUAGGAGGUUACACUGGGGUGAACUGCCAAGUGAAUAUAGAUGACUGUGAGGACAAUGAUUGUAAGAACGGUGCUAUGUGUAUGGACGGUAUCCAAACGUACAUGUGUCUCUGUCAGCCUGGAUUCAGCGGAGACCUAUGUCAGACAGACGUGGAUGAAUGCCUGAGCAAUGCAUGUCUGAACAGUGCCCUCUGUAUUGACCUUGUCAAUGAGUUCAUAUGUGACUGUCCUGCAGGAUACAACGGUAGCCUGUGUGAGAUCGAUAUAGAUGAAUGCGCAUCGGAUCCUUGUCUGAAUGGAGCUACCUGCACAGAUGCAAUCAACGGUUUCUUCUGCGAUUGUGCUUCUGGUUUCGAAGGCAUCACCUGCAGCAUAGAAAUCAAUGAAUGUAGCAGUAAUCCUUGUUUGUUCAAUGGAGUCUGUAUGGAUCUGGUAGAUGGGUAUAACUGUAGCUGUUCACCCGGUUACUAUGGAGUGCGUUGUGAAUCAGAGAUCAGGGAAUGUGCGAGCAAUCCAUGUCAGAACUCGGCACCAUGUAUCGAUCUCAUCAAUGCAUACUUCUGUAACUGUACAGCAGGCUACGAGGGUGCAGACUGUGAACAAGAAAUAGAUGAAUGUGCAAACAACCCCUGUCUCAAUGAGGCUACUUGCAUUGACCUCCUGAAUGGUUACCGAUGUGAGUGCAGCGAGCGAUUCGGUGGUGACAUAUGUGAAGUGUUCAUCGAUGCAUGCUCCUCCAACCCCUGUAAGAACACUGCUUUCUGCUCAAACACUGGAGAUGGCCAGUUCACAUGUACCUGUUUACCCGGCUAUACUGGUAACCUAUGUGAAGAAGAGAUCAUUGAAUGUUCUAGCAACCCCUGUCAGAAUGGUGCAACUUGUGUGGAUAUAGUCAAUGGAUACACAUGCAACUGUGUGGCUGGAUUUACAGAUGCUAAUUGCCAGACCAACAUUGACGAAUGCGGCUCCAAUCCCUGUCUGUUCGAUGGAACCUGCCUUGAUGUCAUCAACGGUUACACUUGUAGCUGCCGUAGCGAUAGAGCUGGUCUGCGUUGUGAGUUUAUAUCGACAUGUAUCAACAACCCCUGUCUGAAUGGAGCACAGUGCAGUGACCCACCGGAUGGUGUCGGUGAUCCUAUCUGUGACUGUAUUCUUGGAUUUGAAGGCAGUCUUUGUGAGAUUAAUAUAGAUGAAUGCGCCUCAAACCCCUGUGGUCAGUUUGGUUCCUGUGUAGAUGGUGUUGAUAGUUAUAGUUGUGACUGUAACUUUGGGUAUACUGGACCUACAUGUAAUGAGUUUCUUCAAGUAUGUGACUCGAAUCCAUGUAAGAACAAUGCAUACUGCUGUCAGAGGGGUAAGGCUGGAUGUCCACCCAACAUUGCUGCAGGAGACUUCCAAUGCUACUGCGCUAACGGCUUCACAGGGAACUUCUGCCAAACGGAAGUAGAUCUCUGCUCUGGUGCACCGUGUGCUAAUAACGGACAGUGUAUCAACAUGGCGUCUGGGUUUGACUGUGAAUGCCGUGUAGGUUACACCGGAGACCUGUGUGAGACGGACUUGCCCUGUACCCCUGAUCCAUGUGUGUUUGGUACCUGUCAAUCAUUGGCAAGUGAUUAUCAAUGCCUUUGUGAUGAAGGAUAUACAGGAAGAGAUUGCGAUGCAGAGAUUCAACCAUGUGAUAGCUCGCCAUGUCUUCAAGGCGGGGAAUGUGUACCUCAGGGUUCUAGCUUCACGUGCCAAUGUCCAGAAUUCUACACGGGUCGGUUUUGUGAAACGCUCAUCACCCCUUGCGAUAGCAGCCCGUGCAUCAGUGGACUCUGUAAUAAUCUGAACAACACGGCAUACACAUGUAGCUGUUAUGAAGGCUUCACAGGACCUCGGUGUGAGAGGCGUAUAUUGCCUUGUGACAUUGAGCCAUGUGUGAACGGUGUUUGCGCCAACCUUGUCAAUACAUAUAGAUGUGAUUGUGAGGAAGGCUUCAAAGGCAUCAAUUGCUCUGAGAUGAUUCUUCCUUGCGACAGUAAUCCCUGCAUCGAUGGAGACUGUAUGAAUAUCAACGAUACACAUUUCAGCUGUAUGUGUGAUGGCGGUUUCACAGGGUUCAGCUGUGAAUCAACUAUCCCUCCAUAUCCUUGCGAUAGUAGCCCAUGUGUAAACGGAGCAACAUGCCAGAAUAAUGGAUUUGAUUCUUUCACCUGCGAGUGUUCUGAAGGUUUUGAAGGUGACAUGUGUGAAAACAUCAUUCCGUUUCCUUGUGAGAGCGAUCCAUGUGUGAAUGGCGCAACAUGUAAUAACAUAGAUUAUUCUUCUUACAAAUGUGAAUGUCCUUUUGGUUACGAUGGUGAUGACUGUGGCAAUAGGAUACCAUUUCCAUGUGAGAGCUUUCCAUGUGCUAAUGGAGCCACAUGCUAUAAUGAUGGAUUCACAUCCUAUCGUUGUGUGUGUAGCGUAGGUUUCACAGGGUCUGAUUGUGAGACUAGGGUUCCAUUCCCAUGUGAAAGCAACCCCUGUCUGAGUGGAGGAACUUGCUUAAAUGACGCCUAUACAUCAUAUACCUGUCAGUGUCCUGUUGGUCAAGAAGGAACUCGAUGUGAAACAAGGGUUCCACUGCCAUGUGAAAGUGACCCCUGUCAAAAUGGAGCUGUAUGCAUGGAUAAUGACUAUGACUCUUUCACGUGUGACUGUGCAGAAGGAUUUAAUGGCACACUUUGUGAAAUCGCUCUCCCCCUCCCAUGCUCAAGCAGCCCCUGUGAAAAUGGUGCAACCUGUAUAGACGUUGGAUUCAUCUCCUAUAGCUGUGAGUGUCCAGCUGGCUUUGAAGGACAACGCUGCCAAACAGUGAUACCUAGACCCUGUGAGAGCAACCCUUGUAGAAACGGAGCAACCUGCACUGACCAAGACUUCACCUCCUUCACUUGCCAAUGUACAUCAGAGUUUACAGGAUCUCUUUGUACUACACCUCUACCCUGUCUCAGUGCACCCUGUCAGAAUGGUGGUGCUUGUAUCAACCAAGGCUUUCAGUCUUUCUCUUGUCAGUGCCCUGAGGAUUUCACCGGAGAUCUUUGUGAAAGACCAGUCCCUUGCCUCAGCGACCCAUGUAGAAAUGGUGCAACUUGUGUGAACACUGGAGAUGAGAGCUUUACUUGCCAAUGUCCGUCCGAUUAUUCUGGUUUGUUUUGUGAGACUCCAGCGCCAUGCCUGAGCAAUCCAUGUCAGAACAUGGCAACCUGUUUCAACAGAUUUGACUUUAUGGCCUUCACGUGUCAAUGUUCAUCAGAAUACACCGGAACCACCUGUGAGACACCUGCACCUUGUCUUAGUAACCCUUGCCAGAAUUCUGCAACAUGCUCCAAUAACGGCUUUGACUCUUUUCUCUGUAACUGCCCUCCAAGAUUUGAAGGAAGUCAAUGUGAGGUAGAGAUACCCCUGCCCUGCCAGAGCAAUCCCUGUUUGAAUGGAGCACCAUGCGUCAAUGAAUUGGAUUCGUUUACGUGUAUUUGCCUGGAGGGUUUCAAUGGUCCUACUUGUGGGAAUGUGAUCCCAAGACCAUGUGAUAGCAAUCCUUGUUUGAACUCUGCAUCAUGCCAGGAUCUAGGUUUUGACUCCUUCAUGUGCAUAUGUCCUCCUGGAUUUAACGGCACCCUAUGUGAAGAAGAAUUGCCUCCAGCAUGUAGCAGCGAUCCUUGUCUGAAUGGAGCGACCUGCCGGGACGAUGGACCUCAAACCUUCUCUUGCGAUUGUCUGAGUGGAUUCUUUGGAGUAAGAUGUGAGUUGGAGUUAAAUGACCCAUGUGACAGUAACCCUUGCCUGAAUGAUGGACGCUGCACCAGUGAUGGGAAUAACGUGAUGUGUGACUGCACACCAGGACGGACGGGUUCUCUAUGUGAAAGUGAAGUCACAUCAUGUGAUCCUAACCCAUGCCUUAAUGAUGGAAUAUGCUUCAGUGAUAGCUUCGGUUUGUUUUGCUUGUGUGGCGAUGGCAUUAGUGGUCUAUGGUGUGAGGUUGCUCCAAGUGUAUGCUAUCCCAAUAAUCCAUGCCAGAAUGGCGCCAUCUGUUGGCCAAAUGGAGACCAGGCAUAUUGUCAGUGUGAGCCUGGAUUUAUAGGGGAUCUUUGUGAAGACAGAGAAGAUGAAUGUGGCCCCUGUGUGAAUGGAGAUUGUCUUACUGGCGUCAAUGGUAACUUUGAAUGCAGAUGUCCAUCAAACUUCAUAGGUGUACUCUGUGAGUUUGACAAUCCUUGCACGAGUAACCCAUGUGAGAACAGUGCAGUAUGUCUGCCUAUUGAGAUCAAUGGCAGCUUUGAGUGUCAGUGUUUAGACGGGUUUUCAGGAGACCGCUGUCAUAUCACCGAUCUCUUGGCGUGUGCUAGUAUUCCUUGUCUCAAUGGAGCUACCUGUACGGACGUAGGACAGAAUGGCUACCAAUGCACAUGCACCACAGGAUUCACUGGGAAUGAUUGUCAGACAGAGAUCAAUGAAUGUAAUAGUAACCCCUGUCAGAAUGGAGCAGCAUGCAACGACUUUAUCGGUGGAUACAGUUGUACUUGCUCGCCCGUCUUCACUGGUACCCAUUGUGAGUUCUACAUACCGUGUGGGAUCAAUGCCUGUAUGAAUGGAGCUACAUGUGAAAACAGACCUAAUACAGUGUUUGGUACACCCUAUACAUGCACAUGUCCUCAAAGCUUUAGUGGUGCUACGUGUGAGGUGCAAGACUUCUGCAGUAUGAACCCAUGCCCAGCUGGAGUACGGUGUCUUAAUCUACAGGAUACAUUUGAGUGCGAUCAUUGUGCAACUGAUGUAUGUAUGAACGGAGCAACCUGUCAGCUCUCUGCAUCCUCGUCAUUGGGUUAUGAAUGUCAGUGUGUGUUGGGUUUCACUGGUCCUGACUGCUCUGUAAACGUGGAUGACUGUCUACCAACAUCAUGUGAUAAUGGAGGAACAUGCAUUGAUCAGGUGAAUGGAUUUUCCUGUGUUUGUUUGGAGCCGUUCUCUGGCCUUACCUGCCAAUCAUCAUCAUGUGACACAUUGGAUUGUCAGAACGGUGUUUGUAUGUUAGACAGUGAAGGAGAUGCUUACUGCAGAUGUGAUCUGGGAUUCACUGGUGCAUUGUGCGAGGAAGCGGUUAACACAAAUGUGCCGUCUUUCUCUGGAUCCUCCUUCUUGAGGUCCUCCCUCCCUGCAUCAAGCCCUGUCCUCAAUGAUCUCUCCAUCAAGCUUGAGUUCCUGAUGCAGAGCACCGAAGGUCUCCUGUUGUAUGCGCAGCAGGAUACAGGACCAGGGGACUUCUUCUCGCUCAGUCUUCAGAACAGUCGGCUUGUAUUCAACUUUGAUUUAGGUAGUGGCGUAGGAUCUAUUACCAGUGAUCCUGUUCUUCUUGAAGACAGGGUAGAGGUCAGCAUCUCAAGGAGUGGACGGACAGGUCAGAUGAAUGUCACAGGUCAAAGCUCUAAGACCGGUGAAGCAGGAGGAUCGUUGCAGUCAUUGAAUGUUGGUUCUGAAGUCUAUGUUGGAGGCUUUGUAGACUAUUCUGCUCUCCCCUCUGUUCUUGGACCCGGUCCUGGUCUAACUGGUUGCAUCUUAUCACUCGUCAUUCAAGACCAAAUGUAUAGUUUCAACCAAUCAGACAUACUUGAGAUGGAGAACGUAGCCCAGUGCAGCAGCGAUGUAUGUCUGACACAUCCCUGCCUCAACAAUGGAACCUGCCAGUCUCUGCCAGGCUCCUCCUACUCCUGCCAGUGUGAUGAUGGUUACUAUGGCAAUAGAUGUGACGAGAGAUUGGAUGUCUGUCAGACUGCGGGAUGUAGAGAUGGAUCAACGUGUGUGAUGGUAGAGGAUGGUUUCAGAUGCGUCUGUCCGCUAGGCAAGAUGGGAAGCUUAUGUGAACAAGACCAAGAUGUAAGUGAAUUGAUCCCUAGUUUCCGUGGGACUUCAUAUUUGAGCUACCCCUGGCCCGUUGGUCUCUCAUCUCAGGAGACUAGGAUCAGUCUACGUAUCAGACCAGGAACCACCGCACAGGAUGCAAUCAUUCUGUAUGUAGAAGAUACUUCACUGUCCGCUGGGGAUUACUUCGCAUUAGGGAUGACUGAGGGUGCUGUGGAGCUACGCUUCAAUCUAGGAAGUGGGACUGCUACAGUAACCAGUGACGUCAUCACAGCUGAGGAAUGGCACGUCAUCUCCAUCGUACGCACUCAGAACACAGCCCAGCUGAUUGUAGAUGGCAGUGUAAUAGAUUAUACCGGUAGUGGGUCCGUUGGUCUCACCGUCGAUAGUCCAUUGUACAUUGGAGGUGUCCCUGAGCAAUCUAUCCUUCAUGAUGAUUCAACCUUUAUGACUGGCUUCUAUGGAUGCAUUGAAAACUUGGAGGUUGGUGGAACGUUAUUGUACCCCUCGCUGGCUAUAGAGGGAGCUGAUAUAGAGCAAUGUGAACAGAGUGCAUGUAACUCUUCAGUUUGUCUAAAUGGGGGCACAUGUCAAUCUGUGGAUGCAUUCACACAGGAGUGUUUAUGCCCACCCGGUCAGAGUGGUGCUAGGUGUGAACAAGCUGACAUCGUGACUGUUCCCAAGUUCUCUGGUUCAUCCUACCUUGCAUUGAAUACAAGCAGUAGUCAGGUCCAGUAUGUAUCAUCCAUUACCAUGGAGAUGAGACUAGAUAAUGAUGAUGAUGGUAUCUUAUAUUGGAACUCUGACGGGACUGACUUCAUAGGGAUAGGUCUGGUUGAUAGGAGGAUUCGUUUCACCUUCGACCUUGGAACAGGACCUGCUACCAUUGUAAGUGAUGACCAAUUGGACAUUGGCCAGUGGUAUACCGUAAGAGUGACCAGAAGGAAUGAAGAAGGCAAGCUGUGGGUGAAUGACCAGGACAGUCCAGUGAUUGGUCAGUCCUCAGGGGCUGGUGUGGGGCUCAGUGUGGGUUUGACCACAUACAUCGGAGGAGUAGUGUCUUCAGUAGCAGUGCCCAGUAGAGCUGGUAUCAAUGGAGGUUUCUCAGGCUGUAUUCGUAGUCUCAUAGUGAAUCAGGAUGUGAUAGAUCUGACUGAGAACCUAGUCCAGUCUUCAAUCAUCUCUCAAUGUAAUGAUGAGAUAUGUAAUCUAGACCCUGGUUUUUCAGGCUGUAUUCGAAGUCUCAUAGUGAAUCAGGAUGUGAUAGAUCUGACUGAGAACCUAGUCCAGUCUUCAAUCAUCUCUCAAUGUUUCUCAGGCUGUAUUCGUAGUCUCAUAGUGAAUCAGGAUGUGAUAGAUCUGACUGAUAACCUAGUCCAGUCUUCAAUCUCUCAAUGUAAUGAUGAGAUAUGUAAUCUAGACCCUGGAUGUCAGAAUGAAGGUCGCUGUGUGACAUCAUCCUCGUCUCUGAUUGGCUACCAGUGUGAUUGUCCUCCGGGCUACUCAGGUGAAUUCUGUGACACAACAUCAUGUGACCUGCUCUCUACCAAUGAGCAGUGUCAGAAUGGAGGUAGAUGUUAUGUGAGUGAUAGCGGUCAAGCAUCGUGUCUGUGUGAUGUAGGCUUCUCUGGACCAACAUGUGACCAAGUGUCUUCAUACAGCAUUCCUAUGUUUGGUGGUGAUGGAUAUCUCUCAUUUGAUAGAGCAUUACUGGCAAGCGUCUUUUCAUCCACGAAGUUCAGCUUAUUGUUUCGUGCCAUGGACUCGUCUUCGGAUAGCCUUCUCUUCUGGCACGGCCCAUCAAUCCAGGAUGAUUUCAUCACACUAGGAAUCAGAGAUGGAUUCAUCACGCUACUCUACAAUCUAGGCAGUGGUACAGCAGAGUUAUAUGCUGAUGAGAUUGAGAUAGAGAAUAACAUCUGGUACAAUGUGGAAGUGACUAGGAGUGGUACAUCGGCUACAUUGAUGGUUCAAUCUCUGAUUCCGAACCGGUCUCAAUCAGUGACAGGAUCUAGUCCAGGAACACAAUCUGGUCUAGCUACAUUUGGGUUCCCUAUCUAUCUAGGUGGUUAUCCAGCUGACAUCACGCAGCUGACCAAUGGUUAUUUCUCGUCUGGUUUCAAUGGAUGCAUAGCGCAGCUACUGACCGCUCUCAACCCGUCAGGUAAUCUUCAAGUGGUCAAUCUGGUCACUCAACAGACAGGAGGAGCUGGAAUCCAGAAUUGUAACGUAUGAUUGAUUGAUUGAUCAACUGUCAUUUGUAAUACCUUUCUUGCCUUAUAGUGACUGGAAAUUAUGAAGAUGAAGCGUGUGUGU